CAUAGUAAAAUCAUAGGGGUUUGGGAUGAAGGUGACACAAUUAUCAUAGAAUCUUAUCUGUUUGGUCUGCACAAGAUUUCACAAACACUGCUCUCUGGAAAUCACCAAGUUCCUAUCUUUUUCAUUUGGAUACUUCUCUCUUUCGGAUUUAUCUUUAAUCUGUGGGUGGGAAAAUCCAGCUAAGUUUCCAUUUCCUAAGCCUCCACCUGUAUAUUUUUGGCAUUUUUACGUGUUCUUGAAUUUGGUCAUGACUCAUGACUCCAAAGUCCGAACUAUUCAGCAAAGCAAUAAAAGACAGAAAAAAAAACUAAUAUAAAAAAAGAGGUUAUUAUUUCUUCUUUUGGCCUUUUUCUUUUCUUUAUCUUUUCAAUUUAACGAAGAGACCUGAAAGUAAAAGUCUUUUCAGGUCUCAACAACUAAGAAAGAGGUUUCACAUGAAAGCAUAUUGAUAAACUUACACUACUUCAAAGUACAAAGCUUAUUUUCUCAACCACUUGAUAAUACAACUUCCAUAUUUCACUGCUACAAACAAACCAUUAAAGAUUUCUUCUUCUUUUUCUUCUUCUUCUUCCAAGGAGCAUUUUAGCAUGGCCUGUCUCAGUUCAGAGUUUUCCUGUUUCGCCCCCUUUGUCCUUAUGAAACAUCAUCACCAAAAAUGGUGGACAACAAGAGCCCCUGAGCAAACUCGCUCCUUUUUGCUUUCUCCUCCUUAUCCUUGAUCGACAAUGGAGGUGACUUUGCUUUUCUGCAUAACCAAAAUAUAAAACGACAUUAGGACUCGAAUUAUAGUCCAGGUGAAGCUUCUCAAAAUCUGUACCGAACAAUAUCUCAUCGAGGAGCGCCGUACAUGACAAUAUUUAUGUGCAUUCAGACAAGCAAAUGUAGAACCUUUUCUCAACUAGUUCUUUGUCUAAUGCAAUGAAGUUCUGGAACGGGUCGGACCAACUCAUAAUAUGACCUUGUCGAAGAAAAAGGAACUAAAUAAGGAUCACAACUGGAUCAAAAGGGCCUCCACUAUGGUUCGAUCUCGAUUGAGUCGGCAUUUAUUUUAUGAGAAACCAUGAUAUCAAAUGGCUGCCCACCCCCUAAGCAUGACACUCCUUAGAUGCCCUUUAUAAUCUUACUAGCAUGGGGACUCCAUUCAUCUCUAGGAGGCAAUAAAGGGAUAGAAUAUUGAUUAGACAUCAUGGAAUUGGAAUCUCAUGCAUAAAUCAGGCAGAGGUCAGACAACAAACCUUUCUAUAAUACUCUCUUCAGGGCCUUUCUUAGAGAAACUCGUUUCAGUUGAAAAGGACGUCUGUGGAGACAUGAAAUCAUCUCCCAUGGGUAGAAUGAAAGACGACAACAAUGGAUCAGGAGCAGCAUUUGACGACGAAACUAUACAAGAAGAACCGAAAAGGGACUGUAGAUUUCCCUCUCGCAACUCUUUCCUCAACAAAGAAAGGCUCGAAUGAGCUCCGCCUCUGCGUGAUUUCCUUUUCCGCUGCAUGUAAGCUCUUUCGUCAAGGAAUUCAAGAGGAUUGGAAGGUCAGGUCAAUCAUGAGUAGUUGAAGCUUUAACUACUUGGCAAUGAAACAAUAUACCAGCUAGAAAUACCAUCAAAGUAAUGUGAAUUAUAUUUGCGAGAAUCAGAGCAGAUUUAUCAGAAUCCAAAAGUUGGGUAUCUGAAAUGACAAUAACUCGGGGGGAAAGGAUAUCUUGAAAAUAUUUCCAUGUUGUAAGGUUAUGUGGGCAACCAUAUCGACGCCCACCCUCAUGGCACAAACUGGACAAACCUGUGAGAAUAUAGAAAUCAUCAUGAGUGAAAUUUAACCUUGAGAGUUAACCUUCAAUAAGCAUUUCCACGUCUAGAAGACAAUGCCGUCAACCUGAACUUAGACAUAGUAUGAAGGACCUCAUCGAUUAAUGUGACCAAAUCUACCGGGACCACGAACCAGAAGGUAUACAUCCUACUAAGUUGCUAGUUCGUACAGAGUCAUAUAUUAUUUCCACAGUGCUACUCAUCUAUCAAGAGCAGCCCAUGGCUAGGAGGUUGACAACUGUGAUAGGGCAUUGGCCACUAUUAAAGACAAUUCCAGAUGUUAACCAACAUUUAACCAUCAAAGAGUUUAUACCCUGCAAUUACCAUACCGGUGCAACUCAAUUGAGAGAGUAUACAGCAACAGGAAAGAUAGACAGACUCAUUUGGUGUUGGCAACUACAAGAACUUGAAAGCAGUAGUCAACAUAACGGAGGGACGUUCUCCACUACAGCCACAAAAGGAAAAACUAAAAUGAAGCACUUUCUAUGUGCCAUUUUUAUGCACUCGUGAAACGAAAGUUGUCAGCACGAUAACAUCAUGAACCAUGUAUAAGGAUGCAUAUCCAAGUACUCAGGAAUGGCAAUGUUAAGCUAAUCCACUUCUAUCAGAUAGGGAAAGAAAGUGAUACCCCGUUCUUUGCUUCCACAGGAUGCUCAUCGUCGAUGUGGCAACACAAGCCAACAAUAUCAAGGUACUCUGAACAGAAAGGGCAUGGAAACUCCUCCCUCAUAUCAUCAUCAACAUCGAUUUCUUCAAACCCCAUAAACAUAUCUGUAGGCCAAACCAAUGUUAAGCAUUGCACCACAAAAAUGUGAGGGAGAAACCAUGGCAGGGGUCCCCAUUUCUACAUAAAGCCAAUUAAAUUAUUGACCUCAACAAACGACCAAUGCUUUUCAUUUCCUAGAACCCAAAGAAUCACAAAUAACUUGAAAUGAGAAGGAAUGAAGCUUCAAACUUUCAACAUGGAAAACUACAAAGAGCUCAGCCAAACAGUGAAUGGUAACCAAUCCAAUUUCUCCCCCGAAAACUUCCAUCGCGUAUUUUUCUAUUUACCCAAACAAUCCCAAUCCCACAAAACGACCUAAAAAUGCAGGUAUUUCACUUCACAAUUCAGAAACCUAAACACAUCUAAUCCUCCCCAAUCCACAUUAUCCCACUGAUUUUCCUACCAUCCAAACAAAAAUGAUCCUCAAUUGAAACAAGAAGAGCCCAAUUGGAAAGGGGAGAAAAGAGGCGCAAAGACUCACCAGAUCGCGAUUGAAGAGCUGAUUGAUAUCUCUUAGAAGCAGAAGAGAGACGAGCGCUCCACGAAUCUGCAUCCAUAGCUCUCUCUGCCUUUUUCUUUCUGUAUCCCUUUAGCUACCCUCCUCUUUCUCCUUCUCCUCCUCCUUCCACGAAAUGAUCAGAAAAAAAGCUCUCUCCUUUACCCCCUUUUAUCGUUGUUUUCCUCGAACCCACAAUUUCUAACGAUCGAUCAACGGAGAAGGGGCAAGAAGGCGGUGGUGUAAGGUCGUCGCCGAGUUGAUUGUCCGGAACCUGUGAUCUUGUUGGCGAGUUUCUUUGUUUCCCUCGAAAAAAAAAUUCCCUUUUGAAAUUAUGGAAAUGAAAUCCAAGGGGAAGAAUUUUUUUUGAUGAAGAUAUUGAUAAGGGUAGGUUUCGAGGGGUUUGGAGGAGAGACAGAGAGCGAGGGAUGGAGAGAGAGGUGAUAAAAAUAUAUGAGAGAG